UUGGUAAAAACACGUGGAUUUUGACGUCUGCACUUGUAACUUGGUUUUUGCCGCCUUUUGUCGGACUAUCGUGAUCCUUUGGCUUUCUGGAAUGUCUGAGGAAGCGGAGGGUUUGAUAGAAGAUGCAGAAAAUCGCAGGAGACGGAGGGUUGGACUGAUUGCAGCGGGUUUAGUGGGGGGUGCGGCGGUAGCGAUUACUGCCGUCGCGGCCCCGUUCGUACUACCUGCCAUGAGAAAGAUCUGUUUACCGUACGUGCCUGCCACGCAGGAGCAAGUAGGGAACGUUUUCAAACUCUUAGAGGGACGGUCUGGCACGCUGGUGGACCUCGGGAGCGGGGACGGAAGGAUCGUUAUAGCUGCAGCGAAGCAGGGUUUCCAUGCAGUUGGCUAUGAGCUGAACCCAUGGCUAGUCUGGUACUCCAGACUCAGUGCAAUAAGACAUGGUGUGUUUGGGAAGGCAAGAUUCUACAGGAGAGAUCUCUUUAAGGCCAACUUUGCAGAGUUAGACAAUGUGGUCGUCUUUGGUGUGCCUCAACUGAUGCCUUUACUUGAAGAGAAGCUGUCCAAAGAGUUACAGAGAAGUGCAAAGGUGGUGGCCUGCAGGUUUAGCUUUCCGACAUGGCUGCCUUCACAGACUAUAGAAGCCGGUGUGGACACGGUGUGGUCGUACGAAGCAAAGGACAUUGUCAUGAGAUAUCUGUGGGAGGACUGAUGAAAAUGUAGUUGUCAGUUAGUAGAACAUACAUCAA